CUGUAUCUGUCCACACACACAAGCACUGUUCAGUGAUGUGAUAUGUCUGCAAAGGUACACACUUUUGUUGACUUGAUGAAAUAACUAACCAGAGGUGCCUGAGUGUACAUGGACAGGGACAGCUCCUGAUAUCUACAGAGCAACAGAGAUGGUAUAGGAGCACAAACAGAAGGACUGUGGGAACACAAGAACUACUGGAAACAUCUCACUCAUUAACAUAUGUAGUUAAUCAAGCGGAAGUUUUUUGACUUUUUGAGAACACAGUCAACCAGUGGGUGACAUGGUGAUAGCAGCGCUGGAGUUGAUGGGGUUCUUUUUUGGCCUCUUUGGCAUGCUGGGGACCCUGGUAGCCACUCUUCUGCCAUAUUGGGCAACGUCCGCACACAUUGGCCCCAACAUCGUGACGGCGGUAGUCAGCAUGAAAGGUCUAUGGAUGGAGUGUGUCUACCAGAGCACCGGAGCCUUCCAGUGUGAGACCUACAACACCCUUCUGGGGCUCACCACUGAUCUACAAGCAGCAAGGGCCAUGAUGGUCAUCUCCUCCAUCUUUUCCGUCAUGGCCUGCAUGGUGUCCACCGUUGGCAUGCAGUGCACCGUCUGCAUGGAUGGCUCUUCGGUCAAGAGCAAGGCGGCUGGGAUAGGUGGUUCACUCUUCCUCCUGGCAGGGCUUUUGUCGUUGAUCCCUGUGUGUUGGAAGACCCAUGAGGUGGUGCAGACCUUCUACAUGCAGAACAUGCCAGCCAGUCUAAAGUUUGAGAUAGGUGACUGCUUAUACGUGGGCUUGGCUUCUUCGCUUUUGUCCAUGCUAGGUGGAGGGCUGUUGAGUGCAUCCUGUUGUGACGAUUUGGAUGGUAGCAGGGGAACCAGACGCCAUUACCCCUACCCUGACCGCACCGGACCACAUGGACCAUCCCAUUUGAUGCCCUACCAUCCAGCCACGCUACAUUCAACCACAAACCCCAAACCUGCCAACAAGAACCAGACCCUUAACAGCCAUACAAGCACUACCCACUCCACUUCACCAGCUCAGGAUUCCAGGAAAUCAGCUCGGCAGAACACAGCAGCCGGGUAUGAUGUCACAGGCUACGUUUGAGGAUUUGUGCUAAUCGUUUUGUACCAUUUUUCCUAAAAGCACUGAAGUGAUUAAUACUCUCAAAAGAUAAUAGGCAGAAUGUUGGAUUAAGGCACAAGUUGAAUAGACACACUGCCGGAGAAAGAGCAAAUGCGUUUAAUUGAAUAGAAUAUUUUGAUUUUACUUUUGGUUUCUCUUCUAGACAAACAUUGCUGUUCUUUUUUGAAGGUUUAAAAAUUCUAAAUAAACAGCAAGAUGGAGUCCAAAAUUAAUUGACAGAAUCAUUUGUAAAUAUGCAAAGCUAAUGGACUUUUCAGCACUGGGUCAAUUAACCUUGUUAAGUGCACUUAAAAAUAUGUACUGUUUUUGUAGUCACUUGUAGCAUUUUGCAAUGUUAUUGUGUUUUUUAAAUGGCUGUUUUAUUAAUAUUGUUUUCAUUUGUUACAGUCAUCUUUAUUUUGUCAUCAAAUUUAAAUUCAUGCAGUUUGAGCAUUAAAUGAUCAUAUUCACUUUCUAAAUAAAGAUUUGGGUUGUUUAUUAGUCUUUGGCCCCAAACUCUUUACAUAAAGCUCUGCUAUUUUGUUCUACUCAGCAGACACAGUAAACAUCUCUCAAUAGGUCAGUCACUAACACUAUGUUCCUCUUCCUCCCUCAAAUGCACCACUAAAAAUAUGUGAUGAUUUGGGUAAUUAUCCAAGUACCUGUAUAUCUAAGAGUAAAAAUGUAGAAGGAUGUGUUUUGAAUAAGAGGACUGAGUUGUGGUAUACUUUGCAGUCGUGAGUUCCAACUCAAAGAAAAGUAUGUUUUUAAACUGGGGUCGGGGGACCCACCAGGGGGCUGUGAGGGAGAAAAACCAUUUAAAUUUGAACAGAAUAGAUAAAUAAUAACAUAUUAAAUAAAUAAGAGUACAUUACAAUA